AUGGAGAUGCUGAUGACAGAGGACACAAGGAAUGGGACAGCUGUUCAGGAGUUUAUCCUUGAGGGCUUCCCUGUGGCUGAGCACUUGGGGAGCCUCUUCUUCCUCGUGCACUUGCUGGCCUACUUGGCUUCCCUCACAGGCAACACGCUAAUUAUUGCUAUCACUUGUGAGGACCGCCGCUUACAGACGCCCAUGUACAUCUUCCUGAGCAGUUUCUCCUUUGUGGAGUGUUGUUUUAUAACUACCGUUAUUCCCAGGCUGCUCGCCAUCUUUCUGUCAGGGAGGCAAAGGAUUUCCUUUGUGGCUUGCUUCACACAAGCCUUUGUCUUUCUUUUCCUGGGGGCCACCGUUUUUUUCCUUAUGGCCGUGUUGUCCCUGGACCGGUAUCUAGCCAUCUGCAAACCUCUGCGUUAUCUCGCCAUCAUGAAUCCAAGGACGUGCUUCUUCCUCGUUGCUGUCUGUUUGGUUUUGGCCUUCCUCUUCAUGGUGGUUCCCGUGGUGAUGCUUUCCCAGUCAUUUUACUGUGGCCCCAACGUUAUUCCUCACUUUUUCUGUGAUUUUGGACCGCUGGCAAGUCUCUCCUGUUCAGACACCAGGUCUAUUGAAAUGCUGUUUUUUCAUCUUGCUUUAAUUGUGCUUUUUACAUCCCUUUCUAUAGCCAUCUUUGCAUACAGCAAUAUAGUAGCCACAGUAGUGCGUCUCCCCUCAGCCAGGGAGCGACAGAGAGCGUUUUCUACCUGUUCCUCUCAUCUCGUCGUCCUCUCUCUAAUGUAUGGCAGCUGUGUGUUUAUAUAUAUGAAGCCGAAGCAGACAAGCAGGCUGGACACCAACAGAGAGGCUGCUCUUGUGAACACAGUUGUGACGCCCCUGCUGAACCCCAUCAUCUACACCCUGCGCAACAAGCAGGUCCACCAGGCUCUGAGGGAUGCGCUGUCCAGGGUUAAAUUACACAGAUAUCAGAGGAGGAGUGCACCUCCCCUUUGA